UUGUGGGAUGCGGGCGGAGCUUCAGGACGAGGAAGUCUCCCGCCUCCUCUCCUCCCCUCCCCCAGCGCUGUCUCUUCCUCCGGGCCUGGCUGCCGACUGCGGUGCCUGAGGAGGGUUUUUUGGACGAGGCUCUGAAAUUUGGAGUGUGAGAACAUGUCUCAAUCUGGUGAGAAAGUGAAGUUUUCUGACUCGGCAGGAUAUGUAGGCUUUGCCAAUCUCCCCAACCAAGUCCACAGGAAGUCUGUCAAGAAAGGUUUUGAGUUCACCCUCAUGGUGGUUGGUGAAUCUGGCUUGGGAAAAUCCACUUUAAUCAACAGUUUAUUUCUGACUGAUCUCUAUCCUGAACGUUACAUUCCUGGAGCUGCAGAGAAAAUAGAGAGAACGGUCCAGAUUGAAGCUUCCACCGUAGAAAUAGAGGAGCGAGGGGUGAAGCUCCGUCUCACGGUAGUCGACACUCCAGGAUAUGGAGAUGCCAUUAAUAGCCAAGACUGUUUCAAGACCAUCAUCCACUACAUUGACAAUCAGUUUGAAAGGUACCUCCAUGACGAGAGCGGCCUCAAUAGGCGCCAUAUUGUAGACAACAGAGUUCAUUGCUGCUUUUACUUCAUAUCCCCCUUUGGACACGGGCUGAAGCCCUUGGAUGUAGAAUUCAUGAAAGCACUUCAUGGGAAAGUCAACAUUGUCCCUGUGAUUGCCAAGGCAGACACUCUGACACUGAAGGAGAGAGAGAGACUGAAAAGAAGGGUUUUAGAUGAGAUUUCUGAACAUGGCAUAAGGAUUUACCAAUUACCUGAUGCAGAUUCUGAUGAGGACGAGGAAUUCAAAGAACAGACCCGAGUUCUGAAGGCUAGCAUUCCUUUUGCUGUGAUUGGGUCCAACCAACUUAUUGAAGUGAAAGGGAAGAAGAUCAGAGGUCGCCUGUAUCCCUGGGGAGUGGUGGAAGUCGAGAAUCCGGAGCACAAUGAUUUCCUGAAGUUACGCACCAUGCUGGUGACCCACAUGCAGGAUCUUCAAGAAGUGACUCAAGAUUUGCACUAUGAAAACUUCCGGUCAGAGAGGCUAAAACGCACCGGCAAGCCUGUUGAAGAAGAAGUUGUGGACAAAGAUAGGAUCCUUCAGCAGAAGGAGGCUGAGUUGCGUCGCAUGCAGGAGAUGAUUGCUCACAUGCAAGCCCAGAUGAGGCUGAAGCCUGGCGACGAGUGAGACGGUUCACCAGGCCGCUGACGUGGCUACUCAAUGCUCUUAAAAUGGGUCAGUGCUUUAUCUGAAACUGAACGGUGACACUAGUGAAACGCCAAUGGAUCAUGCCUGGACGCAGGGCUGGAUGCUACGAGGAGCAGCUGGCGGUCUUGAAGAUCAUAUUGGAAAGCAGCUUCUCUUCUUCUCUCCGUAUAUAUAUAUAUAUAUACCUCUCCUUAAUCAUGUGCUUAUAUCACCCUGUUGGUAAUAAUAUGCUCGUGCUUAUAAUGUGGGACUUACUUUUCCUUAUCUUUCCCUCGCUCCUUUUUUUUAAUUCAAAAGCAAAUAUACCAUCUUAUAUGCAGUAGGCUUUGAGAGUAGGUUGAUAACCCAUGUUUCGUUUUGUUUAGCUAGGCUAACAUGAUACCUUUUUUUGUGUGUGUGGCAACUUUCUUACUAAAAGACGCGGUGACCUGUUUACCAUAAAUGUCUGCAGUCUCCUAACUACAUUUUGUUUAGGCUUUGUGUAACCAUUGUGUAACUUGUUGCUAGUUUACAACAGCCCCGUCCGCACUGUAUGUUUAAAGCAGUACCACCCCACUUUUAAACUGUCACGGCUUCCCUCAAAGAAUGCUGGGACAUGUAGUUUGUUAAGGAUGCUGAGAAUAGGAGUCUCCUAAUAACUCUCGGUCCCCUUAACAAACCACAGUUCCCAGGAUUCUUUGGGGGAACUCAUGACUGUUUAAAAUGGAAUGAUGCUACUUUAAGUGCAUAUGGGACCAACAUUCUUCUCUCACUAAAAAAGAUGUCUGUCUCUGUAAGCUAGUCUUUGCCAACCUAACACCCUCCAGAUGUGUUGGCGUACGGUUUCCACCAGCCCGAGCCAAUGGGCUAGUGGGAAUUGUGGUGCAAAACAUCUGGAAGGCGCUAGGUCAGUGAAGGCUGUGUUGUCACCUGUGCUUUGGCUCUCUGGGGUAGAAUUCCCCUUGGUGCUUCCUGCUUCCUGUUUUUUUAUUAUUAUUAUUAUAAAAAUACAAAUAAACGGUACAGAACACUAAAGUGAUGGGGGAGGAUGAGCCAUCCUUUUACCCGCGAUGCCUUAAAAUCAUGCAAAUGUCUUAACAUGCCAAAUAUUCUCAGAGGCCUCCUAGAAGAUCCGCCUUGAAUUUUUCAGGUACUAAUUAGCAACCUUUUCUAUCGGAACAGGUUUUGUUUUUCCUCGGUUGAAAGAACAACGGUAUUUUCACAAUUAUUUUAUAUUGUAUCAUGACACUAAACGUCCCUUUGCAGUUUUGUAAUAAAUUGAACAGACACGA